AUGCCUCCGGCAAAGCGCAGCCACCUUUAUGCGACACUGGGUAUACACCGCGAAUCCUCUGAGCUUGAGGUUCGCGCCGCCUACCGCCGCAGGGCUCUGGAGACCCAUCCAGACAAAGGUGGCGACCACGAGGCCUUCCUCGGUGUGAUCCACGCCUUUGAGAUCUUGUCGGAUCCGGCGGCGCGAAAGAAGUACGACCUUUGGCUCGAGAGCCGCCGGGAUCGUGAUGGACUGCAGGUGCGCGGGCGCCACUGUGCGGAGCUCUCGGAAGAGAGGAAGCCGGUGCUGCCGCCGAAGGAGCCGCGACCACCCGAUCCCCAACUGCGCCGCCCGGAGGCAGGGACCAAGAGAGGGCGCCCCGCGACUGGACCCUGCAGAGACAUGAAUGAGGGAUCGAGGCCAGAGCGCCCCGAAGAGACCCAGCGGGCUCAGUGUACCUGGGCAGAGCUCCUCGAUGCUGAAAAGGAUGAGUGGCCUGCCCUUCUGAAGGGCAGAAGCUGGAGGUUUCUCUCCCAAGUUCUUUACCAAGGCCGGGAGUACAUGAAGAGGAAGGGCUGGUACCAGAAGCUGCCCCAGCCGCCCAGGAAGAGUACUCUUAGGGCGAAGAAGCCUCGGGAGAGAAAAACGGCCAGGCAAGCCGGAGGCAGAAAGGUUGGCCUUCAAUCGCUCAUGGAUGCGUCCCAGGAGGCCAGCAAGAAGGCUUGCCAGCACAUGCAGAAGCACAUUCGAAAGGUUGGGCAGCAAUCUUUCUGCUUGCUCAUGUGUUUUGAUUGGUUGGAAGUGGCCAGCUCAUCAACGCAUCUGUCAGAGGCUAUUGAUUGGCACAUCAUACUCAUGAAGUUCCAGCAGCUAGCCAAGAAAAUCCUCAGUCAAAACAACGCAGAUGACUACCCCCUCGUGUCCGAGAUGCUUCAAUCCCUUCUCAACGAGCAUGUCCAAGCGGGAGGGCGCGCUCCCACGUUGACGUUUUCGCUGCGCAUGUACUUCAAAAGUGGUGGGAAGCACAAGCUCUUCCGCUUCUUCCGAACAGCAGAUCUUCGCUGGGUGCUGCAUUGCCGCACACGAAUCAAGCAGAUGACGACAAGCCAUGAUGAUGCAUCUCUUCUCCAUGAAGUCGGUAUCAUGUGCCGAGAAUCCAUGAAGAUGGCUGGAGACGCGCAGCAGCUGCGGUACACAUCCAUCCGUGCCGCCCGUGCCGCCUCGAAGGCCGCAAAGCAACUGCACAAAAAGAGGAACAUCCAGCUCCAUGCAAAAGCACGGGCUGCGUUGCAAUCCGUGGUGCAGCAAGAGCAAAGUUUUCACGUGUCACCUGCAUUCCACGGCCUCAACGAGCUUGAUGCCGCCUUCUGCGACUUCGGCAAUGGACCGGAGCUUUGUCACUUGGAUUCUUUUGGCACAUCUGGGCAGUUGGCUUUCCUUGUUGCGGUUAUGGCAAGCAUUGGCAACACUUCAGGCUACUACGCACUGGUGCACGAAACGAAUGGGCAUCAACAUGCCGGCCCACUUCGCACCACACCACGGACACUCUUCUGCAUCAGAAGUUCUACUCAAAGGGUGCGGGUUUCUGUUGGCAUGAACUCUGCGUGA